AUGGAAUCCAUCUUAGAUUUUAGUAAGCCGCUCGAUGUACGGCAAUUCGAGCAGGUCGUGACGGCCAUGUCCUCCGGCAGUCCGGCGCAAAUUAUGGAGGCCCAGGAGAUCUUGACGCGUUUCAAGGCAAACUCAGAGGCAUUCUUGCGCGUCGACAAGUUGCUCACAGAGUCGCACAGCACAAGCACGCGGUUCUUCGCGCUACAGGUCUUGGAGGACACCAUUUUGCACCGCUGGAACACCCUCUCCACCGACAACCAAGUGGCGAUUCGUAACUUUGUCGUGAGCCUGAUCGUCCGCGAAUGCACGAGCUUUGCUCAUAUUCGCCAGAACCGCACCCUGCUGACAAAGAUGAACAUGACACUCGUAUCGAUUGCGAAACGAGAGUGGCCGGUGCGGUGGCCAAAUUUUGUGCAGGAGAUCUCGACAAGCGCCUCGCUGUCGGAGCCAAUGGUGGAGAAUAACCUCAACCUGCUUCGCCUUGUAGGCGAGGAAGUGUUUGAGUUCGGUGAAAAAACGCUGACGUCGCGGUGGGUAGAGCGCAAGAAGCAGGCUCUCGCACAGGACUUUCGCUUCAUUAUGGAGCUGUGCGUCACUGUCAUUGUCAACGCAGAGGACACGGCGCUGCUCCGUACUGCGCUCGCCACGCUGGAGGUGUAUGUGCCAUGGAUGACACCGGAGGUCAUAUUCAAUGAGCAGGUGUUGCAAAGCAUCUCGCGUCUGGUCGUCAGCGACGGCAACGUCCGAUGCGAGGCAGUGCGAUGUUUAACAGAGAUGUGCUCCGCUGCAACAAGCAGCGGCGCAGCCGGCGAUCAGCAGGUGCGUUGCAUUCUGGAAACGUUCAAGACGGCGCUGGGGAACAUCAUGAACGCGUUCCCGACGACUCACUCCUCCGUCAUGGAACGCGUCGUCGCCCUGUACGAGCAGGGAGCGCUGGUUGACAAAGAGUACGUGGUAAAUUUGAGCCUGCUCCUGAUUGCCUUUCUUAGACACUACUACUCAAGCAUCUCCUACGAUGACAUGCUGCUCGUCACCUGUCAUGAGAUGCUUGUCGGCAUGAGCAACAUCAACGAAAAGGAACUCUUUAAGGCGUGUGUGGAGUACUGGUGGUGGCUUGGCGAUCACCUACUGCGGGCCCCCGCGAGUGUAGUGAAGAGGAAUCUCAUGUCGAAGUUGCCGCGGGUUCUCUCCGACGUCCGCUUUGUGCUUAUCCGCCGCAUGGCGAAGCCGGAGGAGGUGAUCAUUGUGGAGGAGGAGGGCGAGCUCCGUCGCGAGCACGUCACUGACGUUGAGGAGCUGCAGCUCUACAAUCUGAUGCGACAGGCGCUGGUAUUCCUCACCCACCUGGAUCCGAAAGACACGCGCAACAUCAUGACAGACCUGAUGAAGCGGCAGGUGGACCGUAGCGAGUGGUCUUGGCACAACUGCAACACCCUAUGCUGGGCUGUCGGCUCCAUCUCUAUGGCACUUUCCGAGCAGGACGAGAGCGACCUCUUUGUGAAGAUCAUAACCGAUCUCCUCACGCUCUUCAAGACUAUGAGCGGAAAGGACAACCGGGCAGUGAUCGCAAGUGACGUGAUGUUCAUUGUUGGCCAGUACCCCCGCUAUCUGCGCAAUCACGCCACGUUCCUCUCCACAGUGACACGGAAAGUGUUCCAGUUUAUGCGUGAAAAGUUCCCCGGGGUGCAAGACAUGGCCGUGGAUACCUUCGUCAAGCUUAGCAAACAGCUUGACACGAAGUACGCAGAGGUGAACGGUAGCACCAGCCUCGCGUCCGAGGUGGCGAAGACGUGGAGCUCCAUUACAGAGAUGCUCUCCUUGCAGCAGGUGCAGACGUGCUUCAACGCUGCCGGCUAUAUGAUUGCUGCCGCCUCCACAGAGCAGCAGCGCGCGCUUCUUCUUGAGACAUUUCUGACCGACACAAACGCCCGUUUUAGGGCGUGCACGGCGUCAGCCACAGCAGCGGGGGCCACCUUUUGCCAUAACGAGGAGGCAAUGGUGGAGCUGCUGCACUACCUGCGCGUGUUCAGCAAUGUGGCGGACUCGUGUGGCGACGUUUUUGUGUACGAGAUGAUGCUGAUUACUCGAGACCUCUAUGGCUUCUACCGCAUGUUCUCCGAGUCGCAGGCGCGGGUGAUCGCCGACGGUGGCGAGGCGGCGGUGUAUCGCCCUGACAUGAAGUACGUCCGCCUCGCGAAGCGUGAGAUUCUGCUCAUUUUCGAGCGUUUUGUGAGCCACGCGACGCAGUUGAAGUUUAUUGCAGAGUCCUGCCUACCGGACUUGUUUUCUGUCGUGCUGGUCGACUACGAAAACGCAAUUGCGGCGGCAAAGGAGCCGGGAGCGCUGGCUCUGGCGACCGCCUGCGUGCGGACUCUAGGACGGUGUAUCGAGAACAACUGCGAGGCCAUUUUGGACCACACAUUCAAUACCACCGUCGCCAUUAUUUCACAGGACAUGGAAAGUCACCCAGAUUUUCGUGUCAACCUUUUCAAGCUCCUGCAGGCGCUCAACGCCCACUGCUUCGAGGCGUUCAUCUGCUACACCGCCACCCAUGAGGAUGUGGUGCUUGGCAUGUUGUGGGCUAUUAAGCACACGGACUACCCGACCAUGUCAACCGGACUCGAAACGCUGGACUUAUUUCUUGAGAACGUGGCGAAGUCCGAGUACGCCGAGCUGUUUUACACAGCUUACCUGCAGCGCAUUCUUGUGGAUGUGAUGGUUGCGUCGAUGGACUCCUUGCAUGCCUCUGGCUUCCAGCACCACGUCCGUAUUCUUCAGAAGCUGUUUACCGUGUCCUCCAUGGUGCCGGUGGACGCACCCACUAUCGGCAAAGACGUCAUUCGCGCCUACCUGCUGGACAGCCUUACCGUCAUACCGACGCUGACGAGCACCUCCAUUCUUAGCUUUGUGGACAUGUGCUACGAGUUCUUCAUGGACGACGAGCGCUUUCGCACCCAGUUUGCCGACUUUCUGAUCGAGGUGAAAGUCUGGGGUGCAGAGCAGGAAAACAGGAUGCAGGAAGAGGACGAGCGGCGACUGCGCGAGGAGACGAUUCCGGGCUUCUCAAACCUGUCCAUGGAGGAUCCGCCGGUGAACUUGUUCAACAGCAUCUGA